UGUGUCAAGGAACUUUUUGUUAAACGCUUUGAUCCACUAACUGUGUCAUAUGCAGUACUGUCAGAUGUUUGUCAGGAUGACUGGACCUAUUUCAAUGGAUAUUGCUACAGAAAUGUAUCUUCCUGUGAUUCGUGGAGUGGUGGCCAAGGGACCUGCGCUACACUGGGAGCAAAUCUUCCAAGUAUUCACAGUCAGGAAGAAAACGUGUAUGUUCAGAGUCUACACGGUGGGGAACACUCUUGGUUGGGCCUCACUGAUAUCAACUCUGAAGGGACAUUUGUGUGGAGCGAUGGAACAUCUUUUGACUUUCACUACUGGGCGAAACACCAGCCAAACAACUUUCACAAUGAAGACUGUGUUCACACUCUUGGGGACUUGAGUUUCAUACGGAACCACACCAAAGCCCCAACAGUGGUGUUAACAGCCAAACAUUCAGCCAGUGGUGGAAAUACAGCCGCAGAGUGUAACGGAAUCGUCAGCUGGAUAGAGUUUAUCGUCAAAUCCGGAUUUCGAAUUUGUGUCAAAGAACUGUUUGUUAAACGCUUUGAUCCACUAACUGUGUCAUAUGCAGUACUGUCAGAUGUUUGUCAGGAUGACUGGACCUAUUUCAAUGGAUAUUGUUACAGGAAAGUAUCUUCCUGUGAUUCGUGGAGUGGUGGCCAAGGGACAUGCGCUGCACUGGGAGCGAAUCUCCCAAGUAUCCACAGUCAAGAAGAAAACGUGUAUGUUCAGAGUCUAAACGGCGGAGAACACUCUUGGUUGGGCCUGUCUGAUAUCAACACUGAAGGGACAUUUGUGUGGAGUGAUGGAACACCUUUUGACUUUCAUUACUGGGCGAAACACCAGCCAAACAACUUUCACAAUGAAGACUGUGUUCACACUCUUGGGUUCCUUCAAGGCCACAAGUAUAAAUGGAACGAUGUAAAUUGCACAGACUGCCACGGAUUUACCUGCAAGAAAGAUUAUAAUGAAUGCGGUGAUUUCUCGUACAACUGUCCAGUGAACGCUACCUGUGUAAACAGUGAUGGCUCUUACUCAUGUCAAUGCCCUGUUGGAUACCGCUGGGAUGGAGAGAACUGCACAGAAGUGGACGAGUGCAAUACUUCUGUAUCGGUCUGUGACGUAAAUGCUACUUGCAAGAAUACUCUCGGAUCUUAUAUUUGUUCCUGUAAAGCUGGAUUUUCUGGAGAUGGGAAAACGUGUGCAGACAUUGACGAGUGCAAUGCUUCUGUCCGAAUAUGUGACGUCAAUGCCAAAUGCCAGAAUACUCUUGGAUCUCAUGUUUGUUCCUGUAAAGCUGGGUUCAACGGAGAUGGUAAAACCUGCACAGCCGUAAAUAAGGACUGUGCUGAACUGUACAAAUCUGGAAAACGAAACAGCGGAGUGUAUACAAUAAACCCUGAUGGAUUAGGUGCCUUUGAUGUUUUCUGUGACCAAACAACAGCCGGGGGAGGGUGGACAGUGUUCCAGAAAAGAAUGGACGGCUCGGUUGACUUCUACCGCGUCUGGGCGCGAACGUCCUUUCGGGAGCAAGAGUGCGUCAACGAUGGAUUCAAAAGUAAAUGGCGAACGUGCUACAACCAACCCAUCAAGGGAAUGGUCAGUUUACCAAACAACACGGUGCACGAUUGA